CUCGAUUGUGGAUACUUUCCGGAAGUGAAACGACAGUUACUCGGUGAUAUAGUCUCUCUGAUUUUAUUGGUUUCAAUAGUAAAUUUGAUUCCGGAAAUGACAUUAUUUUGGGAUACAUAGUGCCUUGGUAUUAUUUGUUCUGGAAAUGACAUUAUAUUUAUUUUAAGAUAUAUAAUCUCGGUAUUACUGGUAUUCAAAAGUGACUUGCUAGUGAUCUUAGAAUAUCUUAUCUGAGUGUAUCCGGAAGUGACAUCCUAGUAAUUUCUAUGAUUGCUCAGAAUUAUUAGUCAUAGAAAUGACACGAUAGUUGUCUCUGUAUCUGGAUUCCAAACAAGAGUAACGCGACAGUUAAUGACACAGUAAUGAUUCUGGAAUAACUUUGAUCCCAAUUCAGGUUGGUAAGCUUUAUGCACGAGCAACCAAAGGCAUCGUUCCACUUGUAACAGGAUAUGUUGACGUAGUCUCAGCCCUUCAUCUUCAGGAGCAAUGUGUGGGAUCGAAUCAACGGAAGGUAAACCGCCUACAAACUUAAUACGUUUACACCACCAGUUGAUGCUAAUGUUUAACAGUUCUUCUAUGUUAAAAUGUGAGUAACUCUCUGUGUACUCCAUCCAGCACAGCCUACUUUAUUUGAUCAAUGAUUUUUUUUUUAUCAAAAUGACCUUUGUAGCCUUCUGAUCAGCAGUGGACAUUAUAAUGACCUGUAUGACAUUGGAGGAAGUCUUUAGUACGGCCCUGCUGGAUUACGCUACUGUUUUAUUACUGUUACGUCUCGUUUCUGUGUAAAGAAGGACGUCGUUUGACCGUGAUGACGCAUGCGUAUCAUGCCAUGUACAAAGACCCAAAGGUGACGCCGGAUGAUCGGACGCAUAAUGGUGGAGGAAAAGACAUAAACAUCAUCGUGGUCGGAGGUCCGGGGGUCGGAAAGACAGCCAUAACGGUGCGGUACCUUACUCGACGUUUUAUUGGAGAUUACGACUCGGGGGGCGAGGCAAUGUACACUCACACAGCAGUCGUGGACGGCAAGGCGGUUACAUUACAUAUCCUCGAUACCACCUGGCAGGAGGAUAGCCUAGAUGGAAGGACGGAUGAGAUACUAUGGGCGGACGGUAUGAUGCUGGUCUACUCCAUUACUGACUCAGACAGUCUGGACAGACUUCGGACGAUCGCAGACCGAGUUCUAUCUGUUCGAGCAAACGACAAACUUGUGCUUGCCCUGGUGGCCAAUAAGUGCGAUCUUCUUCACCGGAAGCACGUGUCUGAUACAAGCGCAGCGCAAUUCUGUGCCGAGUACAAUUGUAUCUUCUUCGAGACCUCUGCCAGUGACAGUUUUGUAGACGUAGAAAGCGCUUUCUCAUCAGUGAGUAGACAUAUAAAAGCCGUAUAUAAAAAACGAGAAAAGUUAUCGAAAUUCUUACAGAACCCUGCAGUGACUGCAAAGCUCCAAAUAAGAAAUUCAUUGAGGAAUUUCGCAGAGAAAAAAUUGAGAAGGAGGACUUCAACUAUGUGACGAAGCAAUUCUUAUAGUAUGUGUUUGUAGUGCAGGUUAUAAGGUGUGUCUGGGGUUUAUCAUGUAUUUCUGUGGAUUAUCAGGUGUGACUUGCGUAAUCAAGUAUACUGGGACUGG